AAGCGGGAAAUCUUACAAGAAGAUUUCCGCCGUCGCGAAUUGGCGGGUCCCGAUGGUGCCGGAGUUGCAAGCAUGGGCCGUGGGCACGGCCGUGGAAGAGGCAGAGGGCGAGGAGGAAGAUUUGGCAGCAGUAACUUCAAUGGAGGCCGUGGUAAUGGAGGAUAUGGCAGCAACAACAACAACAAUGGCUACGGGCGUGGGCGCGAUACCGGGGGAGCCUAUAAAUCCCAAGGAGGCUUGGGAGGGCCCCAAUGGGAAGGAGUGGAAGAAGGCCCCAGAUGAAGAAAUGGGGAGCAUCAUCGAGAACGACACGUUUGACUUGGUGAACCUACCUCCAGGGCGUAAGGCGAUUUCUUCCAAGUGGCUCUUCAAGCGCAAGACCGACGCCGACGGCAACAUUGAGCGCUACAAGAGCAGACUUGUAGCCAAGGGGUACCAGCAGCAGGAGAAGAAGGACUACAAUGAAGUAUAUGCUCCUGUGGUGAAGGGUACAACCCUUCGAACCCUCUUCGCCGCGGCGGCCAUCAAAGGAUGGGUGGUGAAGCAAAUGGACAUUGUAACGGCCUUCCUCAACGGCGUUUUGGAGGAAGAGACCUACAUGGAGCAGCCAGAGGG